AUGUCAGUUGGAUCGUGCCUGAGAAAUUUCUUUCUGGCAUUCUCAGGCCCCGUCGACAGUCCUGGGGAGGAGUGUUACCACGCCCCAGAGUACUACCUGAACUACUUCCGUGAAAACAAGGUCAAUACUGUGAUUCGCCUCAACGUCAAGAUGUACAACUCCAAGUCUUUUAGCAACGCUGGUGUGGCACACUACGAGCUAUACUUUGUAGAUGGCAGCGUUCCCUCCCAUGAGAUUGUGACACGCUUCUUUGACAUUACAGAGAACGCUUCAGGUGCAGUUGCCGUCCACUGCAAGGCAGGUUUAGGGAGGACUGGUUGUCUGAUCGGAGCCUACCUCAUCAAACAUUAUCGGAUGACUGCGCUGGAAGCUAUCGCAUGGAUGCGAAUUUGUCGUCCAGGUUGUGUUAUCGGUUACCAGCAGACCUGGCUGGAGGAGAUGGAACCUGCCCUUUGGAACAUGGGUGACUCGUACCGGUUGCGCUAUCACGGGGGUGUAGAUCGCAUUCAUAACCACAAGUACGGUAUCUACAGCUUCCGCAACAAAGAACCGAAUCAGAUGCAGAGUGUGGAGGGGCUUUCAUGUGACUGCAGGGACAUGCAGCAAGGUUCCACCCCCACUCUCUACCCCCACCCAUCCUUGCACGCAUCUCCUACUGCGACGAGCAGCAAGACAGAGACACAGGGGGACAAACUCAAUGCUGUUUAAGCGGUGGCGGGAUAUGCAGCAGACAGUCAAGAGCUUCAAGAAGGUGUUGAAAAAGACGCACUAAAAGUAAAUGAACCUACAACAUG